AGCUUGCUUUCUAAUGCUACUCAUGCAUUGUUCUAGCAACUGGUUUCCUCUGUGUGCGUAAAAAGGAAGACUUUGUCGGGUUUGUUCCAGUAUUGAUUGCUGUAAUGUGGUAACAACAUGUACAAUUUUAGGUGGAGGUUUUGAGUUCUGCAGCCAAGCCAAAGAAAAUAGCAGUCAGGGGUUCAGACGGGAAGGCAUACUUCCUCAUGUGCAAACCUCACGAUGACCUGCGGAAGGACUGUCGGCUGAUGGAGUUCAAUGCUAUUGUCAAUAAAUGCCUGAGGAAAGACCCAGAGUCUCGGAGAAGGCAGCUGUACAUCAGGACCUAUUCGGUGGUUCCCCUGAAUGAAGAAUGCGGGCUGAUAGAGUGGGUAAACAACACCCACCCUCUACGUCAGGUGCUCAUCAAGAUCUACAAAGAGAAGGGCAUGUACACCAGGGCUAGUGAGUUCAAGCCUUUCCUCUCAAAGGACCUGCAAAAAGAGGAAAGACUGCACAUGUUUCAGAACACCAUCCUACCCAAGCACCCUCCUGUGUUCAGGGAGUGGUUCCUGAAAGUGUUCCCUGAUCCAACCUCAUGGUACCAGGCCCGUCUGAACUACUGCCGCACCACAGCAGUCAUGUCCAUGGUGGGGUACAUCCUGGGGCUGGGGGAUCGACAUGGAGAAAACAUCCUGUUCGACUCCACCAAUGGGGACUGUGUGCAUGUGGACUUCAACUGUCUCUUCAACAAGGGAGAAACAUUUGACUGCCCAGAGUUGGUGCCCUUCCGUCUAAACACAACAUGGUCAACGCAAUGGGUCCCUUAGGGUAUGAGGGGAUCUUCCGACGGGCCUGUGAGACAACCAUGAAAGUCAUGAGGGAACAGAAGGACCCUCUCAUGUGUGUGCUGAGGUCCUUUAUCUUCGACCCCUUGGUGGAAUGGUCCCGAGUGAACAAGAGCACCAGGUCUGUGGUUCCUGAGUCAGGAGAGAU